UGUACCUUGGAAGAUUUUUCGACAGACACUAAAUGAGGAGCACCCUAUCAGCUCGGCCCUGGAGGCUAUGGCUCUCAAGUCGACCAUAGAUCUUACCUGUAAUGACUACAUAUCAGUCUUUGACUUUGAUGUAUUCACAAGGUUAUUCCAGCCGUGGAUAAAUUUACUGCGGAACUGGAAUGUACUGGCAGUGACUCAUCCUGGAUAUGUUGCCUUUCUCACCUACGACGAGGUCAAGGCCAGACUACAGAAAUAUGUCACGAAGCCUGGCAGUUACGUGUUCCGUUCCAGUUGUACUAAGUUAGGCCAGUGGGCCAUCGGCUAUGUUACUGCCGAGGGACAGAUACUGCAAACGAUUCCACAGAACAAAUCCUUGUGCCAAGCUCUGCUGGACGGCCAGAGGGAAGGCUUCUUUAAGAAUCCGGACGGCCGGAGUUUAAACCCGGACCUAAGUUACUUGGUACAGGACAGCCAGGAGGACCACAUACAGGUGACUGAGGAGCAGUACGAACUCUACUGUGAGAUGGGAUCCACAUUUCAGCUGUGUAAAAUCUGUGCAGAGAACGACAAGGACAUCAAGAUUGAGCCAUGCGGCCAUCUUUUAUGUACACCUUGUCUCACUCAGUGGCAGGAUUCCGAUGGUCAAGGGUGUCCUUUCUGCCGAUGUGAGAUUAAAGGGACAGAGCAGGUUGUAGUUGACCCCUUCACACCACACGGGCAUUGCCGUGGUAUUGACAUGUGCCGGUCUGUAAACAUCCACAAUAACAUGGAGGACGACGAUGACCCAGACUGCCUGGAUUCCGGUCAGUGGAUGUCCAACAACAGUCUGCAGGCCCUCAGUGUCAACAGGUGUCGAGACAACAGGUCACCGUUCGAGUCCCCAAGUGUUCCAAAACGAGAUUUACCCCCACCAGUCCCCCCACGGAGAGCCUCACCAGCUCCGUCACCUAAUGUUUCACCCACAUCAUCACCAAAACCUCCUCAGUAAGUAUGUCAUCACAUAGCCUCUCCAAAAACCACAGGUCUGUACAGGACCUAGUACUGUCAGUGUGAAGCCUCUCUAACCACCACAGGUCUGUACAGGACCUAGUACUGUCAGUGUGUAGCCUCUCUAACCACCACAGGUCUGUACAGGACCUAGUACUGUCAGUGUGAAGCCUCUCUAACCACCACAGGUCUGUACAGAACCUAGUACUGUCAGUGUGAAGCCUGUCUAACCACCACAGGUCUGUACAGGACCUAGUACUGUCAGUGUGUAGCCU